CCUCUGCAUUGUACCUUGCAUUGUAGUUUGUGGUUUCCUGAAAGCUCCUGAAUCCUGAAUGCAACCCUGAAAAGAAAAAAAAAAUCAAGGAGUGGGGAAAGUGAAGAAGCGGCACCUGUUGUUAGGUUUCCGAAGUUAUUGAUACUGUAAACAGAAAACAGAAUCGUCAAUUUUUUUAGGCGUGGUCCAACGUUUCACUCAAGGGUUUCACUCUUUUCUAAAAUUUUCUUAUUGUGUUUCUUUCUUUGUGGUAAAAAAAAUAAUAUGGCUAGAAGUUUGGCGCACCUUUGCAUUUUCUUGGCAACUAUCGCUUUUGCAAAUGCCAUCAGAUGCUAUCAGUGCUCAUCUGCUCAGGAUCCUAAGGGCGAAGACAACUGUGGGGCAUACGAAAAUUUCGACCCUGAAAAUCAUAUUGCUGUGGACUGCAUCAGCGACGAAUCUCACACUCCUGGCACUUUCUGCAUGAAAAUCACUCAACAGGGACCCAUUGGAUUCAUCUGGGACGGAAGGUGGCGUCAAGUGAUCAGGCGUUGCGCCUCCGUGUCCGACACUGGUGUUACAGGGGUCUGCAAUUGGGGAGUUUACGAGAAUGGUGUCUACUGGGAGGAAUGCUACUGCUCAGGGGACGGAUGUAACGGCUCAGUCCACGUUAAGCCUCAGUUGGCAGUAAUAAUUCUCUCAGCUGUAUUUGCAGCUUUUUACACUUUGCUGAGGUAGACAACUUAAUUUAGGAAGCAGCCAUUUGAGACAUUUUUUUAUUAUUAUUAAUGUCUCUUUAAAGUUAAAAAUAAGAAUGUGUAAAUGACUGUAUUUUUGAUAUUUUACAAUCUAUAAUAUUUAGCUUGAACGAUCUCUUAGAUCUGAACUUAUGUAAUUGUGAAACUAAAUCAUUCCGUCCAAAUCCGUCCACAAUAAAGUACACCAUAGAGUUCUAUGAGGUCAAAAG